CUAAAAUGAGCGUUCAAUCCAUUUGUGAUAUCAUUCGAGUUUUUGAACCUCGUUUAGCGGCAGCGUUUGAGUGUUUGAGAUGAAUCCGGAGCAAGCUGGAUCCGGGUUGGAUCCCGUGGGAGGGAGGUGGAAGCAGAUGGGGAAUGAUGAGAAGAAGGCGCGGUUGAAUGAGGAGAUGAAGAAGAUGCAGCGCCUGCCGCCCAAUAGCUCUUACGCCUCCCACCGCUUGCGCGUCCUCAACAAAAUCCAUCAGCUUCUCUCCCUUCAGAGGACUUCAUCACAGGAUGAGGAGUUGGAGUUGCUUUUCUCUGGCCUACAUAUAUGAAAAGUUCCGUUGAUCUUCUAGAACUACUCACCAAGUGAUUUAAGUUACAGUGUCUGGGCAAGUGGAAGCUGAACUAUGUAGGUUGCUUCGAAGUGGCGAAUUGGUGUGAAUAGUUGGGGUAUACCUCUCCUUUAUGUAAAAAGCAAGCGCGCCUCGUUGUUGUAAUCUUGAACCUUUGAUAUUAGAUGUGUUCACAUGUAAAGGUGAAUCGCUCCGUUAUAGCUAUCAGGGAGCAGAUUCUCUACUGUGGAUCAGGGUGUUGAGCACGAAACGACAGCAUUUUUGUAAGAAACACAGCAUUCUUCAACAAAAUCACACUUGAAGAAUAACAACUUCGAAUCAAGUUCUGUUUGGAAAUCAUUAAAUUAAAAACACUCUUAACAUUAUUCGACUCA